UACAGUGAUUGUUUUAGUUCAGUAGUUGUGGAGAACACAUAUUAAAUUAAUUUAAAUUUAAAUGGUGUUUGUUCUAUGAGUACAGUUUUGUAUUGUUGUUAUACGUAAACCUAACUUCGUGUUUCCACAAAAGUUUAUUUAUUCGGUGCUCUGAAUCUCAAAUUUUUCAAGUCAAUUAGUUUUGGAAGUGUGUACAGCGAAAGAUGUCAGUUUCAUUAACACGUACAAGUCAAAAUCAAAACAUUCCAACAAAAAGAAUGAUUAUUACCGAUAUGAAUCAACUGCCAUCCGAUUAUUCUUCAACACCUGGUGGUACUCUUUAUUCAACUACUCCAGGAGGAUCAAGAAUAGUUUAUGAUCGUACAUUUUUAAUGAACUUAAGAAAUUCACCAAUGUCUCAAACACCUCCAAAAUCUGGUUCAAUUCCUGAUUUCUUACUACGUGGUGGUUCAGGAAUAUCACCAGCCAGAUCCAGUCCUCCAAGAAGUUGCCAGACCGUGGAGGAAGAACAAUUUGUUAUGGACUUAUAAAAUUUUCUAUGAAAAUUGCCCCAAUAUUAUUUAAUUAUUUAUAAGUGUUUUUCUUUAGUUAGAUUACAAUGAAUCAUUGUGAUUUACUAAAUUAGGAAUUUAGUAUUAAUUUUUAUUGGACUGAGACCCUCUUAAUUUAAAAAAAAUCUCAUAUG